AUGCCGGCGCCCGCGCCGCAGCUCCGGCCCUACGCGCCGGGCCCGCCCACCGCCGCGCUCUCCCCGCCCGGCGAGUGCGCGCUCGACGCGUCGUGGCGGCCGCUGCCGCUUGCCGCGCGGCGGUACGUGAGCCGCGACGCCGUGCUGCUCCGCUUCGGCCUCGACGCCGGCGAGUCGCUGCGGCUGCCGACCUGCGCCUGCCUCCUCGCGCGGGCCGGCGGCGUCGUCCGGCCCUACACGCCCGUGUCGACGAACGCGCUCGUCGGGUCCUUCGAGCUCCUGGUCAAGGUCUACGCGGGCGCCGGGCUGAGCGCGCGGCUCGCCGAGCUGCCCAUCGGCGACACCGUCGACUUCAGCCACGUCCCGAAGAACGUCAAAGUGCAGUUUCCCUUCGGCGCCGCCCACCUGGCCAUGAUCGCGGGCGGCUCGGGCGUCACGCCCAUGCUCCAGGCGCUCCACGCGGUCCUCGGCUCGCCGGGCGACGAGACGGCCGUGACGGUCCUCGCGAGCCACAAGACGCGCGAGGACGCCCUCGCCGUCGAGGCCCUCGACGCCUGGGCCGACGCGCACCCGCGGCUCACCGUCGUCACCACGCUGACGCGCGAGCCCGCGGGCUCCGCGUGGGCCGGCCGCCGCGGCCGCGUCGACGCGCGGCUCGUCUCCGAGUACGUCGCGCCGCCCCACGCGGACGUGAAGGUCUUCGUCUGCGGGCCGCCGGGCAUGUACGAGGCGCUCGCCGGCCCCCGCGACGACCCGGCGCUCGCCGGGCUCCUCCGGGACCUGGGCUACGCGGCGGACCAGGUCGUAAAGUUCUAG